CUUUGGGAAGAGCUACUGAAAUCGGAUUUCUCUACGAUGCUACGAGAGAUAUUUUUUGUGGAUCUUCUAUAUUUAAAAAAGAACCUCCAUCUAAUAUUAUAAGAACAAUAGAUACUCCUCAUACUGACCUAAAGUACGAAUAUGAAGAUUCAUACAAAGAAAAAUUUAGUAUGCUAGAUGUUGAAGCUCAAUUAAAAAUAA